GUAAGAUCAUUACUUCCGCUACGUUUAAAUAUUGAAGUACUGUCUUUGACAAGAUCAAAAACUACGCAGAUAGCGAUGAAGGCAAUUCGGAUUAUUUUUGUGCUUUCUGUUGUUUGUACUUCAUUGGUUUAUAGCAGCUGCGUUGAAAAUGUUACGGAACUACCCAACAUGCCUCUCCGUCAACCGAGCAGGCUAUUGGAAGAUGGACCACAUAUAAGUGAUGACAAUCUGAACUAUGAGUGGUACGGUGUUGUACAUAAUGGAUGGCAAUAUAUUAUGGUUGACUCGACACAAAGGCCAAAUUAUACGAGCUGUUUUACAUAUUAUCCUGUUUACUUAAAAGAUAAACACCCAUCGAUAGAUAAAUUAACUGAGACACCAACAAAUGUCGUAGCCUGCCAACGUGAUUAUGUGAUUCCGUGUUAUAUACAACAUCAAGUGAAGAUAAGGAAAUGUGGAGAUGAAAUACAGUACUACCUGCCCCCGACAAAGUCAUAUAGUGCAUUCUGUUUCAGUAAUUAUUCCCAACUGCACAUUACACCUGAUAUAUCAGACGUUGAACUUGGAAACAUAGAUAUAGCACCAGAGCUCAGAUUCAAUGAAAAUGCGAGUGUUUCUCCAUUUGGAAAAUCAACACGUUUCGACCCGUAUUUUCAGUUCCGAUGUUUGUACAAUGUACAAGAGGCUUUCUAUUACAAAGUUAGCUGGUAUGUUGACGGGGCCAUUUUAGUUUCAUAUGGUCCUACAACAGACAUAAAUGACUUACUUUUUCACCAGAGUGUGCUUAUAGACAACAAUAUAACAAUGGGAUUCGAUAUUUAUUGUGGAGUUAGUGCUCUUACGUCUGAAGAUGCGGAUGCCGGAGUAACAGAAAUGGUGUUUAGUAAAAACUAUUUUGCAGGCAUCAAAGUAUCAAGUACAACCAUCAACAUUAAUAAAGGCGACACAGCGGUUCUUCAAAUGACGUCAACAAUGCCAAUAGGCUGCGGAUAUGAUGAUGCAGCCGAUGAUAUUUGUAUUGAAAAUUUUCAAAUAUUUAAUAAAGAUAAUGAAGGAUUUCAAUGCCAAGCUGAUGUUGCUAAUUUAGCCUUUCAACCAAACCAACGAUGCUCUAAUGGAUUAAAGACUCUGAAAAAUGGAACAAUUUGGAACCCUGAUACAGUGUUCAAUUUCUCUAUAGUGACAACCGACAUGAACUAUAAUGAUAAACGACUUUUUUACCUGUUGUUACAAUUUCCUGAUACAAUGGGGCAUAAGAUUUGGAGGAAUUAUAAUUUUCCAUUAGUUAAGGUUAUCGUAUCUGACAAUGGAGAAUACAAAAACAAGAUUUGUUAUUCUCAUAUAGAUCCACAUAUGAGAUCAGCCGACGGCGUGUAUUACGAGCAACAACGUAAGGACGGUCAGCUUUUCCCGGGUGUGUUCCUGUUAUAUCAUAACACAAAGUAUGGAAUCGAGGUUCAACAACAAACUAAAACCUGUAACAAUGAAUUGGCAACUUGCGCAUGUGGUAUUGCAAUACGAGCGGGUAAAGAUGUUUUCAUGAUAAAUAGAUGUGGAAGUAUCAACUAUCUCGGUUUUACAAAAUGCGAAGAUGGAGGGAUUUUACAAGUUGUAAAAAGACAUGAUUACAAGUACGAUAUAUUCACACCCAUUGGAACUAAAAUAACAGUACAACUUUUUCAAAAUGAAUACGACGGAAGUUACCAAAGAACAAUGAACAUAGACAUUACAAUGGCACCUAAAGACUUGUAUAACAUUGAAGGAUUGUGUGGACAGUUUGACAAUAAUCCUGCCAAUGAUUUCCGGCAUAGAGACGGGGCUAUUUCAGAAAUAAAUAACGCCAAUCAAAACAGUCAUUUUGCAGACUUUACAGAAAGCUGGAGUUUAACUUCAGGCGAAACAGAACAUUUCAACUUAUUUAGCACUGGACAUAGACUUUUAAAUAGUUGGGGUGAUGUAAAUGGAAUGUUUUGUGUUUGCGCAAGUGAUGAAAGAGUAGCAGAAGCAACAUGCUAUCCCACUCAAUAUUUGAACUGUACGAUGAGUAGGUCAAUAACUGGUACAAAAUGUAAUGUACAAAACAGGAGAAAAAGAAACGCCGAUGGUAACUUCAGAUAUGACAAAGAAUUAGACAGAUUACUUCAAUUAAUGACACCACUAAAUACACCGAACAAAGAAACUAGGGUCAAGCGUCAAGAAAACAACAACAACAACAACAACAACUUUAUCACCAAAGAAGGAGCUGAGAAGUUAUGUAAAGAAAAAAUUUCCGGUAGUUUAGCCGUGCAAAAAUAUUCGGAAGUCGGCGGCAAUGAAGAGCCGGAAGAGGUUGUAAAACAAUGUACAUUUGAUGUAUUGGUUGGAAACGAUACGUCAUGGGCUACAGCGCAUGUAGAAUCUAUUAAUAAUAUUGUAAAGAACAUUAUAGAAAAGGAACCUUCAUAUGUUGAAAAUAACACCGAAAAGGUGGUUACAUUCUAUAAAAAUACAUGCCCAGGAAAUUGUAGCAACAACGGCAAAUGUACUGACAAAAGUGAGUGUGUUUGUUAUGGAUUUUUCCAUGGACCAGAAUGUGACAUAGAUGAAAGAGAUCCUUUAAUAAUUGACGAUAUAGAAGGUGGUGGAGAAUGUGAUCUAGCUGAAGGGGACGAAUGUUUAUGUUUCCAUGUUAGAUCUUCAAAUAUUCUUGAAGGUUUUAAAUGCCAGGCCAAUAUCUAUAAGAUAACAGUUAGUGGGGAAAAGGAGAUAAUUUUAACACAGUCCUUUUCUGGUGAAUAUGAGGAUAUAUUUACUGGAGCGUGUUGCAUACAAGACAACGUAACUGAUACUGAAGGUUUAUUUGUUACGAAGUACGAUUUUUCUAUCAGCAAUAAUGGCAUCACGUACGGAAAUGAAAAAAGUGUUCAUAUUUUUGACUCGUCUUGCCAAGAAGCAAAAUAUACUUCUUUUGAAAAUGCAUCGUUUAGCUUAAAGCCUGAAUUCUGUUUUAUCAAUGGACAUUGUGUAGCAGAAAACGACAUGUCUCCCGUAGGUUGUUUAGCUUGCCAGUCAGCAGUUGAUGCGUUUAAUUGGACAGAUAUAGAUGAGUGUCAAUCAGGCCCCUGUGAAAAUGAAGGGACUUGUACAGACCACCCAAAUUCAUAUACUUGUUCCUGUGUUGACGGUUUUACUGGCAAUAAUUGUGAAAUAAAUAUCAACGAAUGUUUAUCUCACCCAUGUCAAAAUAAUGGGAUAUGUAAAGACGGGGUUAAUACGUUUACAUGCGAGUGUCAGCCUGGUUUUAAGGGGAUUCACUGUGAAACAGAUAUAGAUGAAUGUUCGGCCAAUCCCUGUAAGAAAGGAGGUACCUGUUUGGAUCGCGUCAACGGAUACACUUGUGAAUGUUUAGCUGGAACGUUUGGAGUGAAUUGUUCUGCUGAAUCGGACAGUUGUGCAGCAAACCAAUGCGAGAAUGGAGGAACGUGUGAGGAAUAUUUAAAUUCAAGAGUAUGUCGAUGUGUUGAUGGUUAUACUGGUGCAAAUUGUGAAAUUGAUAUAAAUGACUGUGAAAACAAUCCUUGUGAAAAUGGUGGCAGUUGUACAGAUUUAGUAAAUAGUUACCAAUGCACUUGUGUAUCUGGGUAUGAAGGAACUAACUGCGGAAAAGAUAUCAAUGAGUGUUCAACUGAUCCCUGCAAACAUGGUGGGUCUUGUGUGGAUCUAGUUAAUGGAUAUAACUGUACGUGUGUUGCUGGUUAUGAUGGAACAGACUGUGAAAACGAAAUAAAUGAAUGCUUGUCGUAUCCUUGUAAAAAUGGCGGUACCUGCCAAGAUAUGGUCAAUAAAUAUGAAUGUUUAUGUGUUGCUGGAUAUGCUGGCACGAACUGUGGCAACGAUAUCAAUGAGUGUUCAACUGAUCCCUGCAAACAUGGUGGGUCUUGUGUGGAUCUAGUUAAUGGAUAUAACUGUUCGUGUGUUGCUGGUUAUGAUGGAACAGACUGUGAAAAUGACAUAAAUGAGUGUUCAUCAGACCCCUGCAAGAAUGGUAGUACCUGUAAGGAUCUUGUAAAUGGAUAUGAAUGUACAUGUGUUGCAGGAUAUGAUGGAACCAACUGUGAAAAUGGUAACAUGUUCAAGUAUAUUUUUCAUAAUUACAACAUCACCCCAACUCAACGAAAUUAUUUUGCGAUUUUUUUAUACUUGAAAAGAUUCACAUCUCGAUUAAUAUUAUAUUUGAAAACAAAAGAUUUUUAUGCAUACAAAACAGUAAUCAUUAAUCGCACGCUUACCUUUCAAUCUCUAUUUCAAUAUGUAGAUAUAAAUGAUUGUUCCUCCGGCCCAUGCAAGAAUUUUGGUAUCUGUAAGGAUCUUGUAAAUGAAUACGAAUGUACAUGUGUUGCUGGAUAUGGCGGAAAGAACUGUGAUAAUAAUAUCAAUGACUGCUCGUCGGAUCCAUGCAAAAAUGGCGGUACCUGUACGGAUCUUGUGAAUGAUUAUGAAUGUACAUGUGUUGCUGGAUAUGACGGUACUCAUUGCGAAAAAGACAUAAACGAGUGCUCCCCAAAUCCAUGCAAGAACGGUGGUGCCUGUAGAGACUUUGUAAAUGGAUACGAAUGUGCAUGUGCUGCUGGAUAUGUUGGAACAAACUGUGAUAACGAUAUCAAUAAAUGCUCUUCAAGCCCAUGUAAAAAUGGUGGAACAUGUGAAGAUCUUGUCAAUGGAUAUGAAUGUACAUGUGUUGCUGGAUAUGACGGCAUUAAUUGUGAUAACGAUAUAAAUGAGUGCUCAUCGGAACCUUGUAAAAAUGGUGGAACAUGUAAGGAUCUUAUCAAUGGAUAUGAAUGCACAUGUGUUGCUGGAUAUGACAGAACUAACUGUGACAAUGAUAUAGAUGAUUGUUCAAAAAACCCUUGUGAAAAUGGAGUAACGUGUAAAGAUGAACUCAAUGGAUAUAAGUGUUUAUGUGCGGACGGGUAUGAAGGUGACAACUGCAAAACUUUUUCACCAACAACAACCAUGUCACCGGAAGCAAAUCUUGCUCACACUACGAUUUCUAUGAUAUUUCCAUUUCAAUCAAAAAUGAAUAUUACGGAUCCAAAAUUAAAGUUUGAAGUAACAACACAGCUGACCAAGGUAUAUGAAGACAAUAUGGGGAAAUCGUUAAAGGCCCUAGAUUUAUUACGAUUAAGUGUCGGAAGUUUAAUAGUAGAAUUUGAGGUUGUUUAUGAGAAUAAAACAUCAGCUGCAAACGAUCUAACGAAGGCAACUAUUGCAUUUCUGAAUAGACAUAAGACAAUUGCAGUGUCUGAUGAAACAGUUUCUGCAACUACCGUAGAGAUAAAUUCAAUAACAGUUACUUACGAAACUAGCUCGGAUGAAGCGAUUCUUUGUAAAUUGUAUGAAACACUACUUGGGCAUUGUCAGGAAAAUCAAAAAUGUUCUGUAAUGAAAGGGAAUCCUUCCUGCGUUUUUAAUGAAGAAAAGAUCAGAUUUGGCUUAACACUUGUCAUUAUUGUUGUUGUUUGUUCGAUAUUUGUACCAAUCAUCAUUAUGACAAUCAUCUGCUUAGCUAUUCGAAAGAAAUGCAACAAAGACAAACAAUUCAAACGUUCUGAAAGCGUCAAUAACGAUUCAGAAGAGUUUGGGAAGUCACCUUACUGGAAAAACCCUAAAUUAAUGAGUUCCUUCUGAAGUCACCAUAGUGGACGAUAUUUAACAUCUGACAGAUUACUCAAGAAUAACAGAUGUUUGCAAUUGUUAAAAUAUUGUUUAAAUUCCAAAAAAAAGAAA